UUAGUGGAAAAAUAUGCAGACAUAUUUGCGUGCUCACUUUCAGAGGUCCUCCCGAUACCAGGAGCCCAACAUCGACUGAAUAUACCAGAAGACGCCACAUUUAACCUACGCAUCCGUCAACGAGCGCUUACACCACCGCAAGCCAAGUUCUUACAUGGCCGGAUUGACAAAAUGCUAGCGGCGGGGAUAAUCGAAAAGGCACCAGCAGAACAGGUCAAA